AAAUGUUAAACCAUUUUCUCGUCCGACAUCCGCACUCUUACUCUGCAACAUGGAUACGGUAUUGGACUUAGCCGAUGAGUAUCUGUUCGAUGCCUACCACGUCUACCCGGAGAGCUGGGAGAACGGGUAUUGGGCUCGCCAGUUAUUAAGUCUCUUCUUGAUCACCAUUUCCUCCGGAAUACUUGUGUAUAUUUCUUCAGCGGCAUUCAACUACUAUUUCCUCUUCGACCACCGGCUGGAGAGACAUCCUCUAUUUUUAAAGAAUCAGAAGUGGCUGGAGAUAACCACAUCACUAAAGAUCUUACCAGUCAUCGGAGUCUUCACGGCCGCCAUGUUUUUGGUAGAAGUUCGCGGGUACAGCAAACUAUUCGAUGGUCCACCACAACCGGGAAGUUUUGGUUUGUUGUUAAAUAUCAGAGACAUCGUUGGUUUUAUCUUCUUCACCGAUUGCGCCAUUUACUGGAUCCAUCGAGCCAUGCACCAUCGCCUUCUCUACCGACGCAUCCACAAGAUGCACCACAUCUGGAAGGUCCCCACCCCGUUCGCCAGCCACGCCUUCCACCCAAUAGACGGGUUCCUUCAGAGCGUCCCGUACCACCUCUACCCUUUCAUGUUCCCGCUCAAUAAAUACGUGUACCUGGUGCUGUUCUUCCUGGUGAACGUGUGGACCAUCAGUAUCCACGACGGUGACUACCGGGUACCUGCCAUUCUCAGACCGUUCAUCAAUGGCUCGGCACACCACACCGAUCACCAUCUGUAUUACAAUUACAACUACGGCCAGUACUUCACGUUGUGGGAUCGCAUUGGCGGCUCGUUUAAAACACCGUCGGCUUUCGAAGGUAAAUCUUUGGUGGAUGACAUCUUGGAGAAAGAGAGACUUAAAACGGGCCAUCAAGAUUAGAUGUUUGAGAGAAGGCAAGCCAUGAACUAUACACACCCAUUGUGGAACACUGUUAAAUACAAACUAUUGUUGGAACGAAUCGUCGAAUGUGUCGGCCAUCUUGGAUUUGUUCGUGUUUAUUUCACAUCUGCAGCAUGCAAUGAACUCAACUUGCACUCAAGUUUGAAGAUCAGACUUUUCUGAAGCAAAUAAAUUGGCGCAUAAACGAAACUUACUAGCUAGAGACACAAACAGUUUAUCAGGUGACUUUUCAUUCACAGUUUGUUUUGAUCUUUGCAUGCUGAUCAGCCUGGACGAAAGAACAAGAUUAUUUCAAUAUUCAUCGAACUUGUACAUAUUAAUAAUAUGCGUAAAAGUCUAUCUAAGAAUAAACAUUAAUUUAUUGACUUUAAAUGUGUAAUCGCCUGUAUUGGAUCUUGUCACACAAAUUAAUUUUGUACAAACAAGUGUUCUGGAUUAUGAAUGAAUGUAAAUACAUGUUAUACCG